UGCGGUUUUUGCGGUGACAGCACAGCUGCACACGCGCCAUGUUCAGUGGACACAAAAGGUGCAAAUUCCACUGCUCCGUUGCUGGGUAAAGAAAUAACAUCGCUGGCUAGCUAGCUAAGUUUGAUGAAAAAGAAGAAACGAGUAUGAGAAGGGAAUUUUGGGGGGGCUGAUUGGACUUGCUGGAGGUUGUUACAAUGCCCUUUCCGACUACUAACCAGGUGUUGUUGGGUCGGGAGACGCCCAAGCACUAUGGGAUCACGUCUCCUAUCAGCCUGGCCCAAGCCAAGGAGUCUGACCUGGCCCUCACACACAGCCUGACUGAGGCCCUGAAACCAUACGGGGUGUUCGAAGAGGAGCUGGAACUACAGCGCAGAAUACAUGUGUUGGGAAAACUGAACACACUAGUGAAGGAAUGGAUCCGUGACGUCAGUGAGACAAAGAAUCUGCCUGCCUCAGUGAUUGAAACUGUUGGAGGGAAGAUCUUCACAUUUGGAUCCUACAGGUUAGGAGUUCACACUAAAGGUGCUGACAUUGACGCCCUGUGUGUGGCUCCUCGUCAUGUGGAGAGAACAGACUUCUUCUCCUCGUUCCUGGAAAAGCUGAAAGAGCAAGAGGAGGUCAAAGAUUUGAGGGCUGUUGAGGAGGCAUUUGUCCCGGUGAUAAAGCUGUCUUUCGACAGCAUUGAGAUUGACAUCCUGUUUGCCCGGUUAGCGUUGCAAACCAUCCCAGAGAGUCUGGACCUCCGAGAUGACGGGCUGCUGAAGAACCUUGACAUCCGCUGCAUCAGGAGUCUUAACGGUUGCAGAGUUACAGAUGAGAUCCUCCACCUUGUGCCCAACAUUGAGAACUUCAGACUGACGCUGAGGACCAUCAAGCUGUGGGCUAAACGUCAUAACAUCUACAGUAACAUCCUGGGCUUCCUGGGUGGCGUCUCCUGGGCCAUGCUGGUAGCCAGGACCUGCCAGCUCUACCCCAACGCUGUGGCCUCCACCCUCGUACACAAGUUCUUCCUGGUCUUCUCUAAGUGGGAAUGGCCUAACCCUGUUCUCCUGAAGCAGCCAGAGGACUGCAACCUCAAUUUGCCAGUCUGGGACCCCAGGGUGACCCCCAGUGACCGGUAUCACCUGAUGCCCAUCAUCACACCAGCCUACCCCCAGCAGAACUCCACCUACAACGUCUCUGCCUCCACACGUGCCGUCAUGGUGGACGAGUUCAAACACGGUCUGGCCAUCACAGAUGAAAUAUUGCAGAAUAAAGCAGAGUGGUCGAAACUAUUUGAAGCACCAAACUUCUUUCAGAAAUACAAGCAUUAUAUUGUGUUGCUAGCAAGCGCCCCCACCGAGAAGCAGCACCUCGAGUGGGUUGGUCUGGUUGAGUCCAAGAUCAGGAUCCUAGUAGGAAACCUGGAGAAGAAUGAGUUCAUAACGUUGGCCCAUGUCAACCCCCAGUCAUUCCCUGGACCCAAGGAAAGCAGGGAGAAAGAGGAGGUCAGCACCAUGUGGGUGAUAGGGGUCAUCUUUAAGAAGAUGGAGGCAUCAGAGAACCUCAACGUUGACCUGACCAUUGACAUCCAGUCUUUUACUGACACAGUGUACCGCCAGGCGAUGAACAGCAAGAUGUUUGAGGUGGACAUGAAGAUCCAGGCCAUGCAUGUGAAGAGGAGACAACUGCACCAGCUACUGCCCAACCUGGUCAUGCCCAAACGAAGGAAGCACUCCACAGAGGGGCUUCGUCAGAUGAAUGACAGUAGUCUGGACCUAUCGCUGGACAGUGACAACAGCAUGUCAGUGCCCUCCCCCACGGCCGUGCCAGCCACUGUGCCCACGUCGACCCCAGUGAAGAGUGGCCCACUAGGUCCCCCUCCCAGUCCCAUCGCCGCUGCAGCCAGCCAGCCUGAGGCCCCAGCUUCCACCAUGUGUCCCCCAGCUGUGAAGAGACCUGGCUCUCCUAUGCAGGAAGAGAGGAAGAGGUUCAAAUCAGACGCUGAGGAUUCAGCCACUGAGAAAAAUCCUUCAGGAGACCCAGUCCCCACAAGCCUGACCCCCUCUACUCCCCCCACCAUGGGCCCCCCAGCUGCCCCCCAGACCCCUCACCGGGAGAUGCUGGAGGAGGAGAGCCCCGAGGAGGAGCACCAGAUGAAGGAGGACCCCUCCCCAGUCCCAGAGGAUGGUGCUGCAACUCCUAGAGAGGGAGAGGAUUGCACCACUGUGGAGGCACAGGUCAAUGAGGACAGUAUGUCUGAGGAGAUGCCUGCUUCUGAAGGGGAAGUGAAGAUGGAGGCAGAUAUUAAGAGAAUGGUCAGUGCGGACCUGUCUGACGUGCCCCUCCUGCCAGCCAACCCAAUUCCAGUGGUGAAGAACUCUAUCAAGCUUCGCCUCAGCAGGUAGGAGAGAGGCACCAACCCACCCAGCUCGCCUCCCCGGCCCCCAAACCCUGACCUCUACUGUGGAUGUCCGAAGGUACUUACGCAUUCUCAGUCCUCUGCCACGGAAUGCCCACAGUGCUGCAGAUAAAGAGACAGACGGACGGGCGGAUAGACGAACGGACAGACACACAGGCGACCAGACAGACAGACAGCACUCUUUCAACCAGGGACAUUGUCAGUUGACAUGCAGGGCGCAGCUGCAACUGUCUCCACAAGAUGGCGAUGUUGCCCUUCUGCUGGAUUGUCCCAGGCAGCUUCCAACCUCUACCUUACUGGUUAAAGGGUAGAAGUUGUCCCAUAGGCACAGAUCUAGGAUCAGCUCGCCUUCCCCUGAGUCUUAGUAAAACACAAAACGGACCCUAGAUCAACAUGUAGAGGCAUCGUGGAUAUACACGUGGAUGCUCAUUUGGUUUUUCUCCUCUCCUCUCUUCUUCUCAUUGUGUUGUAUUGUCCAGAGAAGAGACAAUGGCGAAACAAGUUCUGUUGAAUAAUGAUGUUGUGAUUUCUUUGUCCCAGUGGUUUACGGUGUGUGUGUGUGUGUGUGUAUGUGUGAAGCACCUUGUUAUGAUGUCAAAACCUACUUUGAGUAAUAAAGAAAAGAAGAACAGAACAGGAAAUGAAAGAUUGGGUCAGUGGUCUUAGAUCUGUUACCGUUGUGAUCACUAAUCUACUGUUAUAUACUGUAGUGUGUAACAGAUGACAGGUUAUGUCUGUGUCCCAAAUGGUACCUUAUUCCCUGGUCAAAGGUAGGUCACUAUAAAAGCAAUAGGGUGCCAUUCGGGUUGCGGCCUAAAAUCCAUCACCAGGUAACCACUGUCAGUCAGUCAACUGUUGGGAUAUGAGGUGGCGUUUGGGGUGUAUGGGGAUGUAUAGGAAGGGUAUGAGGGUAUUUGGGAUACAUCAAAAAGACAUGGACACAGAUACAU